UUAGUUUUGUGUAUUUUCUUUUGUCAUUGUAUUGUAUGUAUUUAAAAUUAAAUUUUAUUAUUAUUAAUCAAUUAAUAAUGAUUCAAAUUAAAAUUAAUUAUUGAUUAUAAUUAGUGUAAUUAUUAUUUAUGUUAACUAUUACAUGUGAUUAUAAAUAAAUGAAGUAAUUUUCUUUAAUUAAAAGAAAACUAAAUGUACCUAUAAUAAAAUAAUAUUUGAAUAAUGAAAAAAUAUAAAAAAGGUAGUGAAUCAAGUGAUAAAAAAAAAUCUGCAAGUAAUACUCUAGUUUCAAAUGAUGACAAUAACAAAGUGGAUGAAACGACGAAAGAGAAGGUUAAUUCAACACCAAGUACACCAAAAAAAUCAAAACCACCAGAUAGUAGCAGUGAAACACCAGACAGUGAUUAUCAUGAUGUAUUUUCAUUAACUCAAGAUAAGAGUAUAGAUGUUACGUGGGAUUGGAACAGUACACCGAGUAGAAAAAAAAAUAAUGACCGUACACCUAGGAGAUCUACGCUGAUACACAAGAAACGAACGUCUAAUUCACCAUUGUUAUACAAUCCUACUAAAAGAAAAAUAAUAAGAAAAGAUAAUUCAAAUGAUCUUGAUAAAUUGAAAGCUGAUAUGAUUGCGUUGCAAGCAACUAUUGCUCUGGAAACAAAUCUUUCUAAUUCAGCUGAUGAGUCUAGUGCUGGUCAGUCAAAUAACAUUAAUAAUGAUGGUGAUGGUGAUAAAGACGUUGACAUCCCGGAAGAAUUUAAAUUCGAUGAUGAUUUCAAUGACGAAUCAGUUCUUGUUGUUUCGCUUCCUGAUACUGUAAUAGCAAAGGACAGUGAUGUUGGUAAAAAUAAUGAUAUUGAUGAUAUGUUUGAUGAUUCAAUGAAUGAUACGAUGAUAAGGUGUAGUCAAGAAAUAGAAGAGAAAUUAAAAAUUACUCCUGAUUCUAAGUCUAAUAAAAAUAGUAAUAGUAGUAGAAAUAAUAAUAAUAAUAAUAAUAAUUUGAAUCGAGUAAUUAAUUUUAGUAGAUCAAAAUCAUCAAAUGAUUUUAAAAAUUUACCCACCUCGAAUUUUAAACCUCAAAAUCAUUUACCCGCAAACAAAUCAACUAAUAAAUUAAUGUCAGAGGAAAGUUUAACAAAAUUUACCAAACAUAAGUCAGAUCCAAUCAACAAACCUUUGAAUUUAAACGGACAGCAAAGUACAUCGGGUUUAAAAAGUAAUAAUUCAAAUGAAAAUACCGCGAGUUUGGACGAUGAUAAUUUUUUAGAUGAUUCAUUUGAUGAUUUCUUGGCAUCCUGUGAAACAGAUUUAACUAAAACUGAAAAUACUGAUUUGGUUUCAAAACCAACAGACAAUCGUUAUGGUAAAGUUUACAGUCCACGUGGAGAAUCAUUGAUGACAUCGAAAAAAUCACAUACAUUUUUACCCAAAGUUCCUCAUAAAUCGUCAUCGUCUUCAUGUUCAUCGAAACAAUCUAGUGUUAAUCGUAAUGUUAGUGUUCCAAUAAUGAAACCAACCGGUACGAUACCUAGAAAUCCAUCGAUGUAUAAUAAUAAUAAUAAUAAUAAUAAUAGUAAUAAUAAUAGUAAUAAUAAUAAUAAUAGUAAUAGUAAUAGUAAUAAUCGUACAUUUAAACGUACAGAAAGUUCAACAAAUUUAAAAACAAGUGUACCAGUUAACGCUAGUACACCAACAAAACCACAAGACUGGAAAUUUUUUAAAUCUAAAAGCAAUUCAGAGUCAAGUUUUGAACACAAAACAAAUAAUAAUACAUUUUUAGCUCAAGAUAAAAAAUCAAAUUCAAAUUUACGUAAUAAUUUUAAAGUCAAUACUAGUGUAAAUUCAAAAAGUAGUUGCAGAGCGUUUACUGGGGCAUCCGUAAGUACUGAACAUCUGGCUGUUCGUCGGACUACAACUUGUCUGGAUUCCAGUAGUGCAAGGAAAAAUAUUGUUAAGGAUAAUACUCAGUUGUACAAUAAUGUUGACAGAUUUGGGGGAAGAAGAAACGAAGGUCUUAGUAUGUCUAAGAAUAAUGAUCCUGCCAGGCAGUUAUCAGCAGCAGCAGCAGCAUCAUCAUCAUUACCAUCAUCGUCAAGAGAUGUUUCCAUUGGCAUGCAAUCACUGCAACUAUGUACGCCCGAGGAGAUCGAAAGAAAAAGGAUUGAAGCUAAAAUGAAAUUGGAGGCAAGGAAAAAAAGAUUGCAGGCAAGUAAUAGUGAUUUGGUGAGACCUAGUGAUAGAUGAGGAGCGACAAUUGUUUAUAGUGUUUGUUUAUUUUAUUGUUUUUUUCUCUGACUAAUUAAUUUUUUACUCAGGUGUUUUAUUCAUGUGGAAUGAUUGGAUUUGUUACGUUUAUUUCUACCAAUGAUAAAUUUAUUGUUUACGAUUAUUAUUUUUUUUUAAACUAAGAUUAAUUAUUGUUUUAAUUAACUUAAAUUUUUUUUCGCAUUCCAUGUUUAUAAAAUAUCUUACUGUGGUGUAUAGCACUAUGCAGUGUACAGUAAGUUGAAAAAUUCUAUAAUUUUUAUAUUUGUCGCUGCCUGUU